GUCAGUAAUGAGGAGGCUGACUGGGAGGUUGUGUUCUUUAAUCAAUAACUUGACUGUGGUCAUUUAUGUAAUCCGUGCCGUGGAGAAGGUUGGGUUGGCUCCUCCGCUUGACGUUACGGCGUGACGAUUCUCGGAGGCGCUCGGGGAACUCGCAUCUCCAUCAAGGAUGGAGUCCAAUGACCAGGAGCCUGAGCACUCAGUGAUGUGAUGCUGCAGCAGAGAUGAAGCCUCUCUCACUCUCUCUCUGCUCCUCUUAACGCAGCAGCAGCAGGCGAUGCGGUUUUCAGUCAGCGCCGGUCUCUCCGUUUCUUUGAUCCCGCGCUGCUGCUUCUGCUGCUGCUGAUCACUCCGGUGGAAGGAACCAGAUUGGCCGCGCGUUGCUGGAGCUUUCGCACCCUACGUGCAAGGGAACCAUGGCGGGCGCAAAGCUGACGCCCUCGCCUUCGGAGAUCGACCCCGACGUGAAAACCGAUGUGCAGAAACCCCCAGAGCCUACCUGGGUCAACCCGUCCAGUCCUCUCCGGACCGUGGAGUCCUUUGGAAGCGAUGCCGGCCAAAGGUACCAAGAGGAAUACAGUAUGGACUCGACCAAUGCCCAGGUACAAGUGGAGUUCUAUGUGAACGAGAACACCUUCAAGGAGAGGCUGAAGCUUUUCUUUAUCAAAAACCAAAGGUCAAGCCUGAGAAUCCGUCUGUUCAACUUCUCCCUGAAGAUACUCACCUGCGCCCUCUACAUGUUGAGAGUCAGGCUGGACGAUCCCACCAACGGCAACGAAGACCCAGGCGAUGCAGUUUGUCUUAACAACAGUCAGACAAAUCCUGAAGAGUCACCAGAUAUCGACUGGAAGCUGAUUUUCUGGGUGAACAGACGAGAGCCUGUGUGGGCGAUACAGGUGACAGUGGCCUUAAUCAGUUUCUUGGAGACCAUGCUCAUCACAUAUCUCAGCUACAAGGGUAACAUUUGGGAGCAGGUCUUUCAGAUAUCCUUCAUAUUGGAGAUGAUCAAUUCUGUGCCAUUCAUAAUUACAAUUUUCUGGGCUCCGUGGAGAAACAUAUUUGUCCCUGUGUUUCUAAACUGCUGGUUAGCCAAAGGUGCACUGGAGAAUAUGAUAAAUGACUUCCACCGUGCCAUCCAGAGGACCCACUCUGCCAUGUUCAACCAGGUGUUCAUCCUCAUCUGUACCCUGAUGUGUCUGGUUUUCACUGGAGCCUGUGGGAUCCAGCACCUGGAGAGAGCAGGAAAACACCUAUCCCUGUUCGACUCCUUCUAUUUCUGCAUCGUCACCUUCUCAACUGUGGGCUACGGAGACGUCACGCCACAGAUCUGGCCGUCGAAGCUGCUGGUUGUCCUUCUCAUCUGUGUCGCCCUGGUCGUUCUGCCGCUGCAGUUUGAAGAACUAGCGUACCUGUGGAUGGAGAGCCAGAAAUUGGGAGGGAACUACAGCCGACACCGGGCGCAGACGGAGAAGCAUGUGGUGUUGUGUGUCAGCUCGCUGAAGAUCGAUCUGCUGAUGGAUUUCCUCAAUGAGUUCUACGCUCAUCCAAGACUACAGGACUAUUACGUGGUCAUUCUGUGUCCAGCAGAGAUGGACAUUCAGGUUCGCCGUAUCCUCCAGAUUCCUCUCUGGUCACAGAGGGUCAUCUACCUUCAGGGAUCUGCUCUCAAAGACCAGGACCUAAUGAGAGCAAAGAUGGACGAUGCUGAGGCUUGCUUUAUUCUGAGCAGCAGAAACGAGGUUGAUCGAACGGCAGCAGAUCACCAGACUAUUUUGAGGGCCUGGGCUGUGAAGGACUUCGCCCCUAACUGUCCUCUCUACGUCCAAAUUCUCAAACCAGAAAAUAAAUUUCACGUGAAGUUUGCAGAUCACGUGGUGUGUGAAGAAGAAUUCAAAUAUGCCUUGUUGGCACUGAACUGCGUGUGUCCAGCCAUGUCCACCUUAGUCACUCUCCUGGUCCACACGUCCAGAGGACAGGAAGGACAGCUCUCACCGGAGCAGUGGCAGCGGACGUACGGUCGCUGCUCAGGGAACGAGGUUUACCACAUCCGCCUGUGUGACAGCAAAUUCUUUGGGGAGUACGACGGCAAGAGCUUCACGUACGCUUCCUUUCACGCCCAUAAGAAAUACGGAGUGUGUCUGAUUGGCGUGAAGGGGGAGGACAACAAAAGCAUCCUCCUGAACCCUGGUCCUCGCCACAUCAUGGCUGCCACCGACACCUGCUACUACAUCAACAUCACCAAGGAGGAGAACUCCGCCUUCUUCUUCAAACAGCAGGAGAAGCACUGCAAAGAUCUGCCCAUCACUGGCCUCUAUGGCUCCCCCUCUAGGCUUCCUGUGCACAGCAUCAUUGCCAGCAUGGGCACAGUAGCCAUUGACCUGCAGAACCCCGAUCCUCCCGAGGAAUGCAACAAGCUGACCCUGCCGACAGAGAACGGCGGGGAGAGCCGCAGACCCAGCAUCGGGCCGGUUCUGGAGAUCGCCGACUCCUCCGCCAUUCUGCCCUGCGACCUCCUCAGUGACCAGUCCGAGGACGAGACCAACCAGUCCGAUGAAGAGAGCUCGGUGGGAUCAGACUUUGUGAAGGGCUACCCUCCGAACUCACCCUACAUAGGCAGCUCGCCCACACUCUGCCACCUGGCACCACAGAAAGCUCCGUUCUGCUGCCUUCGUCUGGACAAGAGAUGCACACACAACAGCUUCGAAGAUGCCAAGGCCUACGGCUUCAAGAACAAGCUGAUCAUAGUUUCGGCAGAGACGGCAGGCAACGGCCUCUACAACUUCAUUGUCCCACUGCGGGCCUACUACCGGCCCAGGAAGGAGCUCAAUCCCAUAGUUCUGCUGCUGGAUUACCCGCCAGACAACCAUUUCUUAGAGGCCAUUUGCUGUUUUCCAAUGGUGUACUUCAUGGCCGGCACUAUUGAUAAUCUGGACAACCUGCUGCAGUGCGGCAUCAUCUACGCUGACAACCUGGUGGUCGUGGAUAAAGAGAGCACCAUGAGCGCCAAGGAGGACUACAUGGCGGAUGCCAAGACCAUCGUCAACGUCCAGACCAUGUUCAGAUUGUUCCCCAGCCUCAGCAUCAUCACAGAGCUCACACAUCCGUCCAACAUGAGGUUCAUGCAGUUCCGGGCCAAGGACUGCUACUCACUGGCUCUUUCCAAACUGGAGAAGAUAGAACGUGACAAGGGCUCCAACCUGGCCUUCAUGUUCCGGCUGCCGUUCGCUGCAGGCAGGGUUUUCAGCAUCAGCAUGUUGGAUACACUGCUUUACCAGUCCUUCGUCAAAGACUAUAUGAUCGCUAUCACGAGGCUUCUCCUGGGUCUAGACACCACACCAGGCUCUGGAUACCUCUCUGUUAUGAAGAUCACGGAGGAGGAUCUGUGGAUCAGGACAUACGGCCGACUCUUCCAGAAAUUGUGUUCGUCCAGCGCUGAGAUUCCAAUCGGGAUUUACCGCACUGAGUCUCACAUGUUUCCGUCCUCAGAGUCUCAGGUGUCCAUUAACAUGGAGCGAAAGAACUGUAAGAAUAAGAUGGACGACAAGAACUCCACCGCCAGUGUCGAAUCAGAACACCCGCUGCUGAGGAAGAAGAGCAUGCAGUGGGCGCGCCGCCUGAGCAGAAAGAACGUGAAGCAGCCCAGUCGAACCGAACACAUCUCGCAGCAGAGGCUCAACCUGUACAGGCGCUCUGAACGUCAGGAGCUGUCGGAGCUGGUCAAGAACCGUAUGAAACACCUUGGUCUGCCCACUAUUGGAUAUGAGGAUGUUUCAAAUCUCACUGCGAGUGAUGUCAUGAAUCGGGUAAAUCUAGGAUAUUUGCAAGAUGAGAUGAACGACCAUCAGAACACGCUGUCCUACGUCCUCAUCAAUCCUCCGCCCGACACCAGGCUGAAGCUCAACGACAUUGUCUACAUCAUCCGGCCCGACCCGCUGGCACACAUGCCGGAGGACGCACAGGUGACAACGCAGGAGCGUGGAACCAAGAACCAGCAGGAGUUCGGUACAAACACGAGGGGCGAGACUCACCUCUGAAGUUUCUUCUUCUUCGCUGUCACACUAAUGAUCUUGUAUCCGAGCGGAACAAGUGGAUAUUUGAAGAGGUGGAGUUACCGCAGAUAUAGGGGAUGCAUGAAGAGUGCCUCGUCACAGACUCCCUCUCUCUCCCUCCACCCACUCACUGUACAAUCACACACUCCCCUUGUGUCCAUCCAGAUGAAACCAGAAAAGGGGCGCUGACGUCGUCCGCUCAACCAAAGGUCCGACAGUCUGUGGUCAGUUUGUUUGUUUGUUUGUUUGUAUGUUUUUUGUUUUCUUGUAAUUCUCAACCAUCAGUUGUAAGAAAUCACUCCGAAAAUGUUGCUCAGGAGUGAUGAGUUUACAUGGCAACUGGUGAAGAGGGAGUGCUUUGAACCACUUGACCCUGAGGAGAAAUCCAUAUUGGUCCAAAAUCUGUUCAGGAGAGAUGGUGAAAAAUCAAACAUGAAGUUAAUUUUUUUCUCUUUCUUUCAGUUGUAGCAUUACGUUUAAAAGCAGCUUUUUUUAAAAGAUAUUAUUCUCAGUUUAGUAAUUGUAUUACUAGCAUCUUAUUACUGGCAUGUAACUGUGCAUUUACCUCUGUAGCUGCAGCACGUGAUUUAAUUUAUUUUUUAA